ACUAAGAAAGUUCAUCAACAUUAUGACCCUCAACUAACUUGUUGCCAGCUUCACUUUCAACUUAAUAUUUAUAUACACACAUCACCACUUCUCAUAUCACAUAUCACAUUUUUUCAACUAAUAAAGUAGAAAACUACACUACAUUGUGAGAAGGAAAGGAAGAAGAAGAAGAAGAAGAGAAAUGGUGUUCUUUUGUUUUCUGGUGGAUCAAACUAAGGAGAUGCAGAAGAGCAAGCCAGCAGCGGGGACGUGUUCACGGUGCGGCGGUGGUGCAAGUGUGGCGGACAUGAAGACAGCCACAAGGUUUUGCUAUGUCCCAUUUUAUGUGAAAUCUUGGAAAGCCAUCGUUUGUACCUUUUGUGGAGCUACUCUUCGUUCUUACCAUGACUAAGAUACUAUAGUUACUAGGUAUUAUUAGUACUAGAUUAAUAAGAUUAAUUAUUAUUAUUAGUAGAUAAGUGUGGUAGCUACUAGCUACUUGCUGCUUUUUAAUUUGUACUAACACAUGGAUAUUGAAUUCAAUUAUCCAUGAUCAUGAAAAUGAGAUCUUUAUGUUCCAACUUCCAACUCUUUCUAUUUUGUUUUCUUUUAUUUUUGUUAUAUUUUUUUUUUAAUUUUUCUCACUUUUCUCAAGUUGGAAGUUGGAACUCCUUUUCUACAAUUUUAGGUCCUGUGUAUUUGGUUUUGGUAAAUCAAUUCAAAUAACUAUAUUUAUCUUGUGCAA